AUGAGACAGGCAGGUCUUGCUGUGUCUCCUCAAGGAGGCUCAGCAACUGUUCAGAACCCUCCUUCUACCCUGGACCCUCCUUCCUUGUGCAAGUCUCUCACAUUCUUAUUGUGGGAAGAAAAGAAUAACCUUGAGUUGCGUUUUUAUAAAUGGAAAAGAGCAUUUUUUGGAUGGGGGAAAUACAAAAGUGACAAGAAACACGACUAUCUCUGUGACAAUGAAUUACAUAAAAAGAAGAGACUUCGAGGACGUGGGUGCUGUGGAACUGUGGUCCUUCGCGUUCCUACUCCUGCUCACUGCUGUUUGCUCUCACUAGGAACAAUAGUAAAAAUAUACAUCAUUUUGAUUAUAAUACCAGACACCGGCAAGACACCCAUGGAGCCGGAGGUGGCAAUCCACCCAAUUAGAAUCACCCUCACCAGCCGCAACAUAAAAUAUCUGGAGAAAGUGUGUGCUAUCCUGAUCAGAGGUGCAAAGGAAAAGAAACUCAAAGUGAAAGGACUGCUUCUCAUGCCUACCAAGACUUUGAGAAUCACUACAAGAAAAACUACUUGUGGUGAAGGUUCUAAGACAUGGGAUCACUUCCAGAUGAGAAUCCACAAACGACUCAUCUACUUGCACAGUUCUUCCAAGACUGUCAAGCAGAUUACUUCCAUCAGUAUUGAGCCAGGAGUUGAGGUUGAAGUCACUAUUGCUGAUGCUUGAGUCAAGUAUUUUAAUAAAUUGAUUACACUUGU